CACAUCCGGCGCCGACUCUCCGCGCCGCGCGUUGUCCGCCCAUGGCCGCCUCCGUGGAUUUCAAAACCUACGUGGAUCAAGCUUGCAGAGCUGCAGAUGAAUUUGUCAACAUUUAUUAUGAGACAAUGGAUAAAAGAAGAAGGGCUUUAACAAGACUUUAUUUAGACAAAGCAACGUUAAUUUGGAAUGGUAAUGCAAUGUCUGGGCAAGAAGAACUGAGUAAGUUCUUUGAGAUGUUGCCAUCUAGUGAGUUCCAGGUUAACGUGUUGGACUGCCAGCCUGUUCACGAGCAAGCUACGCAAGGGCAGACGACAGUCCUCGUGGUGACAAGCGGGACAGUAAAAUUUGACGGUGACAAGCAGCGCUACUUCAACCAGAACUUCUUGCUGACAGCACAGGCCACCCCUACCAACACAGUGUGGAAGAUUGCCAGUGACUGCUUCCGCUUUCAGGACUGGGCCAGUUAGUGAGGACUGGCUGAGGAAGUGACCUCUCUCACGGGACGGGUUGAAGUCAGCUGUACGGACAGCCGUUGUCCUGCAUGGGGAACACUUGCUCUUCGUCUUGCGCCUGUCAUUUAUGGAGGGUUUAUAAUCAGUGUUUGAGGAUUGGUCUCAAUGACUUUGGGUUUAGUAAGUAAACAAUCUUAAAGUGUUAGAGGUUGCUGGUGUUAGUUGAACCUAAUAAAAUGCUGAAGGCAGUGAGUUGCAUUGGAAUCAUUCCUAAAAUGCCUUACAUGCAGCUAUGCUGCCACUUCAGGCUUCUCUUAUGUAAUGCUGAAACUACUAAUUGAAUGCAAAAUUCUCUUAAUGGGCAAUUCGGACCAAACGUAUAGUUUUCCAAGUUGAAAAGAUCUGUUUUUACAAUAGUAUCUUGCCUCUUUUGAAGAAGAUGCUUGUGCAUGUAGAUUGAAUUCUGAAAGUUACCUACUCUUUAUCGUAAGAGGCUAGGAAGGAUUGACUGAUUUCUGAUGUUUGUAGCAAAUACAGCUCCUGAGUGUGUCAUUUCAAAUAAUCCAUUGGAAAGGUAGCGUUACCUUCUCUGUUACAAAAGAACUAAAUAAUCUCAUCAGGUUUCCUUUUGUCUUGGGCUUCCCAGACUGUGGUUGUAGUUAUUUUGCAUCGAUUUAUGUGUAGGGCAUGUUGAAUGAUUCGGAGCACCUCUGCCAACAGCUCUUGUCACAUGCAUGUGAAGGACUUCAAACUGAUUCUUUUUGCUUUUGAAGUCUUGCAGUUGUAAGAAAUGGGUCCAUUGCAGCAUUUCUGUUUGCUUUAACUGUUAAUUCUGUUGCUAUGAAGUUUAGGAUAUUUUUUCCCUAUUCAUUCUGCAAGUUUUGAAUUCCUACUGUCUUUUCAGGACACAUUGUAGUAAAGAAGUGGCACUGAAAGUGUGUAUUACUGUGAAGCCUUCAAUUUUUCUCUUCGGUACUGUUAUACAGAAUAGGUGCUUUGAUUAUUUUCAACCUAAAAGAACAGCUCUAAACACAAAUACCGUCUUCCUCUCAUGCAGAUUUUUACUGUGGUUUCAUAUUAAGUAUUGCCUUAAAUUAUUGAUUCUGGAAAUUUUUGUCUGUCUUGCUUGAAAUUUGUGGUUUAAAGCAUUCAACUGCUUUAAAACAGUUUCCAAGACUGCAAGUUAACACUGUCCAUGUUAACUUGGGAACUCAAGAGUAAAUCUGAGUUUCAGCAGAUUUGUUUCAAACUGGUACAUUUCUAUUUUAAGCUGAGUAAAAAAAAAUAGCUAUAUACCUGGGAGUGCACUUGCUUGUAACUGACAACACAUGGGGGAACUUGUAACUCUGAUCUUAAUAUACAUCACAGAGGCAACAGCAGCCUGAAUGCAAAAGCACUUAUGACUGUGGCUCGCUUGUUUUAUGACUUAAAUCAAGAAAACUGUGAAAAUGAGCAUUAUCCAGCUUGUGUAAGACAUCAUAAAAUGUGCAGUUUGCAUUAGAGUCUCACGAAUAAUGGGAUGUUUAGGUGAAAUGAGUGGUUUUAUUUCCUUUUAAGGCACUCUGGUGCCUUACAGAAUUAGUUACCUGUCUUUAUUUGGGAGCUGUUUAUGUUCUGAACUAUUGUGUAACUAUUUUUUUAGUCUGAAGAGUAUGAAUUCUUGCAAAACAGUGCAAGAAGUCCAGAAUUUGUGAAAACUGUAAAUACUGUAAAUAGUUAUUUCAGUAUGUAGUAACAGGAUUGGUCUGUUUAAUUACUGUUUGUUCUUAACAGAGUAUUCCAGGCGUCUAGAUUUGUGUUUCUUCUACAAGUUGGAAAGAAAACCCUACAUUUGCCUGUUACUGACAGAGCGUUGUUGAGCAAUGAUGCUGCUGUUCUGUGCUCCUCUGGUUUGCUGACUUGCUCUUGCUUGUAUAAGCUGUGUUACACAUGUGUUUGCAUAAACAAAACAGGUUUUGACUGUUGAAAUGUAUUGAUGGUUUCAACUGUUAGCAUUUGCUUGUUGAACUUUGAAGGCAGUCAGCAGAACACACACUUACAGCUGUACCUGAUAAGCUUGUCCUGGGAAUAAAUACUUAUUGGAUAUUUUUAUUCAGGCUUUUAUUUGUAUAGUAGUUUUUAAGCUUUUUGUAUGGAGAUUGGGAGAUUUUGAAUAUAUGAGGCAAUGUUGCAGCCCAGUGUUCCUUUCAGUUAUUUUCAUGUUAUUCACAGGCAAGCCACUUUAAAACCUGACUUCUGCAAUGAAUAUUAAGAAAGAAGGGAGACUGAGCUGAGCUCUUAGGCAGAAGCUGUUCCCU